CAGCGGGAGCGGCGCGGGGCGGAGCGGCGCGAGCGGCCAGGAGCGGCCCGGCCCGGCCCGGCGCGGCGGCGGCGGCGGCGGCGGCUGCGGCGACGCCAGAGCCCGAGGGCACCGUUCGCGAGGCCGCCGCGGGAGCCCGGCCGCAGCGCGGGGAGGCCUGGGGCCUGGAGGCCGCCGCUGCCGCCAUGCCGCUGCUCUUCCUGGAGCGCUUCCCUUGGCCCAGCCUCCGCACCUACACGGGCCUCAGCGGCCUGGCCUUGCUCGGCACCAUCGUCAGCGCCUACCGCGCCCUCAGCCAGCCCGAGGCCGGGCCCGGGGAGCCCGAGUCGCCAACGGCCCCGGUGCAGACGGAGGCGGCCGCGCCCGCCCGGCCCAGCGCCGGCGGCCCCCGGGCCCGCGACGUGGCCCAGUACCUGCUCUCGGACAGUCUGUUCGUGUGGGUUCUAGUAAAUACUGCUUGCUGUGUUUUGAUGUUGGUGGCUAAACUAAUCCAGUGUAUUGUGUUUGGCCCUCUUCGAGUGAGUGAGAGACAGCACCUCAAGGACAAGUUUUGGAAUUUUAUUUUCUACAAGUUCAUUUUCAUUUUUGGUGUGCUGAAUGUCCAAACAGUGGAAGAGGUGGUCAUGUGGUGCCUCUGGUUUGCUGGACUUGUAUUUCUGCAUCUGAUGGUUCAGCUCUGCAAGGACCGGUUUGAAUAUCUCUCCUUUUCCCCCACCACACCCAUGAGCAGCCAUGGGCGAGUGCUGUCUCUGUUGAUCGCGAUGCUGCUUUCUUGCUGUGGAUUAGCAGUUGUCUGCUGUGUCACAGGCUACACCCACGGGAUGCAUACACUGGCUUUCAUGGCAGCAGAGUCUCUUCUUGUGACAGUGAGGACCGCUCAUGUGAUUUUACGAUACGUAAUUCACCUCUGGGACCUCAACCAUGAAGGGACAUGGGAAGGAAAAGGAACCUAUGUCUAUUACACAGAUUUUGUCAUGGAACUCACUCUCUUGUCCCUGGACCUCAUGCAUCAUAUUCACAUGUUGUUAUUUGGCAACAUCUGGUUAUCCAUGGCCAGCUUGGUCAUCUUUAUGCAGCUACGUUACCUGUUCCACGAAGUGCAGCGUCGGAUCCGGCGACACAAGAACUACUUGCGUGUGGUUGGGAACAUGGAAGCCAGGUUUGCGGUUGCAACUCCAGAGGAGCUGGCUGUCAAUAAUGACGACUGUGCCAUCUGCUGGGACUCCAUGCAGGCCGCGAGGAAACUGCCCUGUGGACAUCUUUUCCACAACUCCUGCCUUCGUUCCUGGCUAGAACAAGACACCUCCUGCCCAACAUGCAGAAUGUCUCUUAAUAUUGCUGACAAUAACCGGGUUCGGGAGGACCAUCAAGGAGAGAACUUGGAUGAGAAUUUGGUUCCUGUAGCAGCCGCCGAAGGCCGCCCUCGCUUAAACCAACACAAUCACUUCUUCCACUUUGAUGGGUCCCGGAUCGCAAGUUGGCUGCCGAGUUUCUCCGUCGAGGUGAUGCACACCACCAACAUCCUAGGAAUUACACAGGCGAGCAACUCCCAGCUGAAUGCGAUGGCUCAUCAGAUUCAAGAAAUGUUUCCCCAGGUGCCAUACCACCUGGUGCUGCAGGACCUCCAGCUGACACGCUCGGUAGAAAUAACAACGGACAACAUUUUAGAAGGACGGAUUCAAGUACCUUUUCCCACACAGCGCUCAGAUGGCAUCAGGCCUGCACUGAACAGUGCUGUAGAAAGGCCAAACGGAGACCAGGAGGAGGGAGAAGCUUCUGUGCAGACCGAGCGUGUGCCCCUAGACCUCAGUCCUCGGCUGGAGGAGGCCUUGGACUUCAGCGAGGUGGAGGCGGAGCCCGGCGAGGGCGAGGACUUUGAGGCCCGGGGGAGCCGCUUCUCCAAGUCUGCGGACGAGAGGCAGCGCAUGCUGGUCCAGCGGAAGGAUGACCUCCUGCAGCAGGCUCGCAAGCGUUUCCUGAACAGAAGUUCUGAAGUCGACUCGGCCUCGGAGCGCUGCCCCUCGGCAGAAGGCACAGCCUCUGACCCCGUGACCCUGCGUCGGAGGAUGCUGGCCGCGGCCGCCGAACGGAGGCUCCAGAAGCAGCAGACGUCCUAGCGCUUCCUCGCCGUCCGCCGCUGCCGCCUCCGAGCAGCGCGCCGCCACAGAGGCCCGGCCCCGCUUCUGCCGCCGCCGGAGGAGGGGUCGGCUGCGCUGCCGCUGUAUAAAGCAUGUGGUCUUAAUAGUGUUUGGACAGCUGACAAACUUAAUCCUUUUUUGUAAUACUUUCUAUGUGACAUUUCUCUUCCCGUUAGAAACACUGCACAUUUUAACUCUAGGCAUGAUCUCUUCUGGCGUCGACCGGACUUCUUAGGGGGCGGGGCAGCCGAGAGGAAGAGGGCAGCCAGGAAACCCUGAAGCAGGCUGCUCCGACUACUGGGUUACUGCUGCUUGUGGAGGUCACAGCAGACGCUGGUGUCUUUAGCCCCAAGUCUGGCAGGAAGGUGAGGGGGGGCCAGGAUUCAUAAAAAGCCGCGCGGAGAUGUGCAGCGUGAGCCCGACUCCACCGCCGGGUGGUUUCUGUCGUCAAGCUGCUGUUCUCGCUUGGGCGGCGUUCAGAACGCUACGGAGGCCAGACGAGCGGGGCCAGAGCCCUGGGUUGGCGGGGGCAUCUCGGAAAAGUGACUCCUGAUUUGCUAUGUAGAGCAGAGGAGGGGAAAGCCUGGGGCUGCGGAGCGUGAGGAGGUGACCUGUUGUGUCCCAGGACAUCGGGGACUGACUGCCGAGCUCCAGUCUGAAGUUGGCUUUGUUUCUGUGACCACUGGUGCUCCUGCGGCUCACGAGUACCUCUCAGAGUCUGUCCCCCCUCUGUGUUCCAGACCUGGGGAAGGCCAGCCCCGAAAGGACUGAGCAGCAAAGCUUUGGUUUAUGGUUCUAGUUCCUUGGUCAAGUCAGUUAGGCAAUGCCAGGGGCUGUGGGUUUGGUCCUUUAUAGAAAAGGAGAGCCUUACAAACUGAGCAAGUCACUGUUAGAGGGCUUUCUUGAAGACGUAAGAGAUCUUUUUUAUCUUUCUUCCCCAGAGCCCUUCAUUUUCAUGACUUUGCUCCUGUUGGUUUAAUUAAACAUAGAAAGGUAAGAUGCUGAAUCCAUCUGCCUCGGAGCGGACCCAGGUCCUGAACCUGUUCAAAUUCUUCCCACAUUUAACUUUCAGGAUUUGAAACACGCAAUCGUAGGCUACAUAGUUCAGUUUUAUGUUCUGUUGGAUUUUUUUUUUUUUUUUUUAAAUGUUUGAAAGCAUAGUUUUAUGGUAGUCCUUCGGGGAAGAAUCCAGUAUUAUCUAAAAUGAUUGGCUAAGUUAAAUGUAUUUUACAUAACUGAACGUUUUCGGAAUGUUGAAACGUAAUUGAAGAGAACAAUGGGUAAAUGUUUAGGCCGAGAUAAUUUAUUUGAAUAAAUCUUUCAAAAGCCUUACCUUGAAAUGCUGUUAGUAAAUUUCUGUGAUUUUUAAAAAAAAUGGUUUUGUUUUGCUGAGAGCAUAGCUAUUUGUUUUUAUUGUACAACAAUAAUAAUAAUAAAAAACAAACUCUU